CGCACAACGCCCAUUCCAUCGUUUCUUCCGAACUUCCGAAGCCCUCCACACAACCUCCGUAGACCGCUUCUAAUUGACAGCAUCAGACCCACGCUUUUUACCUCAUCAAAUGCGAUUGGAGACCCAAUAUUGAUACUCCAAUUACCAUAAAAUGGGACAGCAAAUUUCAUCAGAUGAUGGUGCUCGUACGCGGGUUUUGUACGAAGAAACGUGCAGUCGACGAUCUCGCUCUGUCCCCCCGGAAUCUACUAUGUCUAACUCUGUGCACACCGAGCCUGCGUCGGGCUCUCAAUCGCACAUUGCUCACCAGACAGCCGGCAAACGAUCUUCAACAGAACCCCGUAAAUUCGGUGAAAUUAUCAGCCAGUUCACUGCUCCCCUGGCCCUGAGUCUAGUGCUCGAGAACAAGGGUAAUGUUGCUCGCGAUCAUCUUGCAUCAGAGCGAACCUAUCUUGCCUAUGUUCGCACCAGUCUCGCAUGCGCAAGUGCUGGAGUUGCCCUUGUACAGCUGUUCACGCUUUCCAGUUCCACGAACGUGAAUGUUCGACAAGGAGGCAUUGACCCACAGCGGUUUGCUCGACCACUUGGUGCUACGGUGGUGCUAUUGGGCUUGUUCAUCCUAAUUUAUGGCCUCGUACGCUACUUCAUGACCCAGGCAGCCCUCGUGCGAGGCUUCUUCCCGGUAGCACGCAACUCCGUUACCGUUGUGGCAUUUUCCCUUGGUGCCAUUGUUGGCAUUGUUUUUGGGGUACUAGUUGCUGGAACGGGAGACUAGAGCUUCCUAUAUCACGUACACACUCGGUCUAUGGCGCACGAACUCUACCGCCCCAGAAGGAUAGCACGUCCUUGGCGGAGGCAGAACUGGAAGACUCCGUCGUUCCACUGACUGUCCAUCACCUGUUCUUCUGCUACCCAGGAAUUUUGAAAGCCUGGCUGGUUGAGGGAAGAAU